CAAUGUAGCGUGGGGAGGUUUCCUAGCAACUCGCAGCUCGGAGCACGCCCAGUCACCCGAAAGCUGGGAGACCCCCUGCUGGGGGACAUCCCACAGAACUAGAGCACCUCAUUCCUGCCCAUCGCCUGCCUGGCUUCCCUCUCACCGUCUCCGGGUACAGCCCAAAGCCUAUCAGCUACCGGGGUUCUGGGUGGCCAGACGCCUGAGCCGACUGGGUCUGAAAGGACAAGGGUACGCAGCUCCCUCCCGGCAAAGGCACGUGGAACGUCCCUUCCCAGCGCAGCGGGCAGCAGCGAUGCCGAGUACCCUGCCAGUGGGCACAGCCGGGGGUUUCUAGUGGGUUCGCGGAGCCUCUCCCUGCGGCUGGCACCCUAGUCUCCUCUCCCGCCAAUCGGGACGCUGCCGCCUCGACCCUGGCUCGGUGUGCUAAGUGGAGUUGGCUUCCCGGUCCACCUGUGGAAGAAGCUCGCACCGACUGAUGCGCCAGCGACUCCCCCACCUCCUUGGCCUUCCAGCCGUCCCCUCCCACUAAUGCAGCACCACCCUGUGAAUUACAUUAGGGUGGUUUUUCCCCCAGCCUCGGGCUUUGUUUGGGUUUGAUUGUGUUUGGCUGUUCGCUAAGCUGAUUUAUGCAGCAGAGCCCCAUCGGCUGGAGAGAAACAAAAGCUCUUUUCUUUGUCCCGGAGAGGACUGUGCAGCCCUUACUCGCUUCACUGCCGCGAACCAUCGGCUGUCCAAGGAGGUGCUUUUGGUUGAGACUGGGAGCCCGGCUGUGCGGAGCUGGAGGGCCUCGGGGGCCCUGAGAUGCAGAGAGCUGCCCUGGCCGGUGUACCUGUAUCGCCUGCUCAGAGCCUCUGGGUCGGUCAGCCCGGCCUGCGAAAAAGGUCCUAGAGAUUCUCUGCCCGCGGGCCCAAAGGUGCGCCCCCACGUCGCGAGCGCUAGUCUGGAAGGCGACUAGGCGGCAGGCGCGGGGCGGGCUGCUUUGCAUUAUGUGCGUCUCGGCCCUGGCUUUUCUGACUGCUCCACUGUUCUCCCUGCACAACUGCCAGCGAGGUCCUGCCUUGGUUCUCGGGGCGGCCUGGGUGUUUUCACUUGUUCUCGGACUGAGCCAAAGUGACCAGAAUAAAUGUGGCUCCUCAACCGUGGUCUCCUGUGCCAGGUGCCUUCAGCUGGGUCCCGAAUGCGGAUGGUGUGUUCAAGAGGAUUUUGUUUCAGGUGGAUCAAGAAGUGAACGUUGUGAUACUGUUUCCAAUUUGAUAAGCAAAGGCUGCCCGGUUGAUUCAAUAGAAUACCUGUCUAUGCGCACAGCAACACCAAGCGAGAAUGAUAUCAACAGCCAAGUGACACCAGGAGAAGUCUCAGUCCAACUUCAUCCAGGAGCUGAAGCUAAUUUUAUGUUAAAAAUCCGUCCUCUGAAGAAAUACCCUGUGGAUCUUUAUUAUCUGGUUGAUGUGUCAGCAUCAAUGCACAAUAAUAUAGAAAAACUGAAUUCCGUUGGAAAUGAUUUAUCUAAAAAAAUGGCAUUUUUUUCCCGUGACUUCCGUCUUGGUUUUGGCUCCUAUGUGGAUAAAACUGUCUCUCCAUACAUUAGCGUCCACCCGGAAAGGAUCCACAAUCAGUGCAGUGACUAUAAUUUAGACUGUAUGCCUCCCCAUGGAUACAUUCAUGUGCUGUCUCUGACGGAAAACAUCACUGAGUUUGAAAAAGCAGUCCACAGACAAAAGAUCUCUGGGAAUAUAGAUACUCCUGAAGGAGGUUUUGAUGCCAUGCUCCAGGCUGCCGUCUGUGAGAGUCAUAUUGGAUGGAGAAAAGAAGCUAAAAGAUUGCUGCUGGUGAUGACAGACCAGACAUCACAUCUUGCUCUUGAUAGCAAAUUGGCAGGCAUAGUGGUGCCAAAUGAUGGAAACUGCCACCUGAGAAACAAUGUCUACAUCAAAUCGACAACCAUGGAACAUCCUUCAUUAGGCCAACUUUCUGAAAAGUUAAUAGACAACAACAUAAAUGUCAUUUUUGCAGUUCAAGGAAAGCAGUUUCAUUGGUACAAGGAUCUUCUGCCCCUUUUGCCUGGUGCCAUUGCUGGUGAAAUAGAAUCCAAAGCUGCAAAUCUCAACAAUUUAGUAGUAGAAGCCUAUAAGAAACUCGUUUCAGAAGUAAAAGUGCAAAUGGAAAACCAGAUACAUGGUGUCUCUUUUAACAUCACUGCCAUCUGUCCAGAUGGGGCCAGAAAGCCAGGCAUAAUUGGAUGUGGAAACGUGACAAGCAAUGACGAAGUUAUUUUCAAUGUAACAGUUAUGAUGAAAACAUGUGAUGUCAUAGGAGGAAGAAACUAUGCAAUAAUCAAACCUAUUGGUUUCAAUGAAACCACGAAAGUCCACAUACACAGACACUGCGGCUGCCACUGUGAGGAUCAUAGAGGCCACGAGGGACAGUGUGCAGAAGCUACCCUGGACCCCAAGUGUCCGCAGUGUGAUGACAGCACAUGUCACUUUGAUGAAGACCAGUUUCCUUCUGAGUCUUGCAAGUCACAGGAGGACCAACCUGCCUGCAGUGGCCGAGGCGUUUGUGUCUGUGGGAAAUGUUUAUGUCACAAAACCAAGCUUGGAAGAGUGUUCGGCAAAUACUGUGAAAAGGAUGACUUUACUUGUCCAUACCACCAGGGGAAUGUGUGUGCUGGGCAUGGGGAGUGUGAAGGCGGCAGAUGCCAGUGCUUUAGUGGCUGGGAAGGGGAUCGGUGUCAGUGUCCAUCAUCCGCAGCACAGCGCUGUGUCAACUCUGAGGGCCAGGUCUGCAGUGGAAGAGGCACCUGUGUGUGCGGCAGGUGCCAGUGCACGGACCCCAGGAGCGUUGGCCGGCUCUGUGAGCACAGCCCAACCUGCCCCCUAGCCUGCGGCGGAAACCGGAAUUGUCUGCAGUGCCUUCACCCUCACAAUCUGUCCCGGGCUAUCCUUGAUCAGUGGGAAACCUCCUGUGCUGUCAUGGGCCAACACCGUGUAGACCAAGCCUCAGAAUGCCUAUCUGGCCCAAGCUAUCUGCGAAUAUUUUUCAUCAUAUUCAUAGUCACAUUCUUGAUUGGGUUGCUUAAAGUCCUUAUCAUUAGACAGGUGAUACUGCAAUGGAAUAGUAAUAAGAUAAAAUCCUCAUCAGAUUACAGAAUGUCUGCUUCCAAAAAGGAUAAACUAAUUCUGAAAAGCGUUUGCACAAGAGCUGUAACCUACCGACGAGAAAAGCCUGAGGAGAUAAAAAUGGAUAUCAGCAAACUUCAUGCUCAUGAGGCUUUCAGGUGCAACUUCUAAAGACAGGUGAAACAAACAAACAAACAAACAAACAAGCACUGUUGGAAACUGGAUUUUUUUUUUACACAGUUGCUUCUAAAAAGUAUAAAAAGUCACAGGAGGAGAUACAUUAUUGAAGAUUGUGCCCCGAAGACUGGCGAGUGUCUCCAUCACCAUGUGACUCACCAGCUGCUGAAGUUUUCAGAGAACUAUGUGUCUUACUACUGUGGAGGCUAGCGUUGUAGCACUUUACUGUAAUGUGUGACUUAUUUAGAGCAGCCUGGAAUGUAGAUUACCUGGAAAGCACUGAUUACACUUUACAAGCACCUGCCAUCCCGCACUUGCAGACACACACGAUGCAAUGGGACAGGUUGGCAUGGCGUCACCAAGGAUCACAGUGCGGUGAUCCUUGCACACACAGAGACUGCUGAUGGAAAGCAUCCAGGAGUCAGCAACACCAACAAUGGGCAUUGUCUAGAUGUGCACAGCCAGCUAAAUAGGGGUUAGGAUUUCAUUUCAGUUGCAGGUGAAUAGACCAACCUGAGUCCUAAGUGGUGUUGCUUUUGAAACUAAGGUUUGGUGCAUGUGCAAGUCCAUUUUCCUCUGUUUUGAAGAAUGGAUAUUGACUUUAGCAUUUUUUGCAUUUUAAUUCUAUUUUUCAUCAUUUUUAAUAAGUUUAAAAUGUCACAGACGACUGGAUUAAAUAAGUGCGAAGUUACUACUGCCAUAGAAACCUGUAUGACAAUGUCACUUUAUUGAAUACUGGUUUUCAAAGUUGAAUGUUAAUAAGGGUCACUGUAAAGUGUCAUCUGGGUCCGUAGCUUCUUUAUCUUUUUCUCACCUGUCAAACUGGAUAAACUGUUUCAUUCCCCCAUUGAUCUGACCUGUAGUCUGAAAUCCACAAGGUGUCUAAAAAUCUGCUUUAAGCAGAGUGACCUUUUUUCUGAGCAUAUUCUCUUGAUUUUUACUCCAAAUUGAUGUCAACAUUUUUCAAAUGGAAAGCUAUUUUAUUUUUCUCUCCUGUGAAGUUUAAGGUCACCUUUGAAUCAUCCCAACUCUGCUCAUGAGAAUUCACAAAGGUAUAAACCUGGAGAAGUGCACGUAGUAUCUGAGAAAUAAGCUAAUCCCCCUUUUUGUAGGCCAGAGGUUGGAGGCCCAGAAAAAUUAAAUGACUUCCCAGAAGCACAGAAGCGCUGAGAUGAAGUAUUAGGGACGAGCUGCCUUGACAUUACAGACCAGCACUGCCCAGUAGCACACUACCUCUUCGAUCCGCAAAACACCCAGGAGAAACUUAACAUAUACUGGAGCCCUGAGUGUUUUUCAUGAGAAUACUUCAAAACAAAGUAGAACAGGGUACUCUGAAUGGAUGUGUACAUAAGCAGCUCCUAGUUUUCCCUUAGCCACCUCCUGAUGAGCUCUGGUGCAGCCCUUCCCCCACAGCAGCUACAAGAACAAGGCUCCUGUAGCUGGGCAGGGCUCAGCUUGAAGCCUUGAUGCAGAGUCUUCGUACUUGAAUUCUAACUUCCAACUGUCCUGUGUGUAGCACGUCUUACCUGUGAGACAGAGGAGUCUAAAGAAGUGUCUCUCCCAGGUUCACUGCUUUCCAGCAGUAGUUCUGGGAAGUUCUGAAAGCUCUAGAUAUCUGUAUGUUGAUGAAGACUGACUUCCAUCAGGUAAUACCCCGGGGCCUGGGAAGCCUGCAAAUUAUUCUCCAGCCAGCAAACAGUGCAAGUCCCUUAGCAGAGCAGUGGCGGUGAUGCCGCUGACACUUCUUUAACAGGAGAUGGCAUCUUCAAACACUGUGACUGUUUCUAAGAAAGCUGUGGUCACUAACGCUAUGAGGAAAUCCUAUUCUGCUGCUCAAAACAUACAGGGUCCUUUUAUAAAUAUAGAAAUUAAUGGAUUCUUGGCAGUCCCCUCGAAAAUGGAAGAUAUCCAUUAACUAAAUGCUGACAACUUAAAUGUGAGCAGUUUAUGAACAAUAGAUUAAUUUUCACAUGAAAUGAGCAAAAGAGCAUAAUUAAAAACAAUUCUCGAAAAGCAAGGAUUGGUACUCUUUUAGGUCUUCACUAGUUUGCACUAAUUUUAAGAUGGACUGAUACUGUUGCCACAGGAAAGACAUUGCCAAGAGCUCAGUGCUGGGUGAGAAGAUGUACUUACACGUGUACUGUCUUGUGGUUUUCCUCUCUCUUCUUUUUUGUUAACUUAAAGAGCUAAUUCUUAAAGAUUGUAGAGCUUAUAUUUUACUUGAAUAAUUGAUGUUCUUCUGUUUAAUAGUUUGUGAGAAGAGAAUUAAUAUUUGACUAGAUAGAAUUACUUAACAGGUAAUGGGAAACAGGGUAUUGUUUGGUUAAAUAACAUAUACUUAGAGAGUAUUUCAAAUGCUGCGACCACAUCUUUUAAGCACUGUUGAUAGUAAAUGCAAUGAAUUGAAUUUUAAAUUGUUGGCAGAGAAACUUGAAUGAUGUUUUUGGCAUUGCAGCAUUCUGUGCCCUGAUGUGUAAUUAUUCAAAAAUGUCCCAUUUAUCCAUUAUAUAAGCAACUAUAUACAAGUUUUUUCUUCUGAGACAUUUUUACAUUGCGGUAUGCAUGUAUUUAUAGACAUUUGAUAUAAUUUUUAGGCAUUUUCUACUAUUUAUUAAGCUAUAAACAUUCUCUAAAAGACUUAAAAGUUCCUUAAAAAUCUAAUUAUGUCCCACAUGUUCAAUUUAACUUAGUUUAUAAAAAUAAAAAAAAAAAAUAGAUGUCUCUGGAGGCGAAUUUUUCAAAAUUGAAAAAUUAAAAUUGUGUAUACAUGAAAUGCAAAACUUCACCAAAGAUUAAAUUUUAAAUAUUUUUAAAUAUUUACUUAAUCUCCAUUGAAGAUAUUCUUGUAUAUAUCAACAGUCUUCCAUGAGACACUGAAAUCAUUUAUUCUUGAUAGAUUAUGAAUGUUUUUCUCUGUAGAAUUAUAUUUCUUCUGGCACCUGGUAGAAUAUAUUAUUCUCAAUGGCUUUUCCUUUCUUUCCUGGCUCCUAUUUGUCCCAUCCAUAUUUUUCUAGAAAUUGCCCAUAAGCUUCAAGCCCAUAAGCCUAAUAGUGAAAAAUAACAGUUUAAUAAUGUAAUUGGGUUCUUCAUUUCCAAAGAUCUCUUGUAGUUUUUAACACUUAUUUGAACAAAGACAGUCCCAUUAAAAACAACGAAUUUUAAAAUUUCACAACUUUUUGGUUUAUGUUUUCAUGAAGGUAACAACUCACCAGGAGGGAAGUUGAAUGGUGUGCAUAUUAAUUCUCUUUGUUUACCUUAAUACUUAGUUUUUAGCAUCCUUAUGUCCUUAAAAAUAUAAUUUUAUAUAAUGCAAACAUUUUCAAAGGAAUAGAACUAUUCCUUCAAAUUCUUUCCUUUUCAUCUUCCAUAAUCUCUGCAUGGAAAAUUAGUUAUGCAUAACUGAUUAGACACACAUACUGUGUGUCUUGCUGAUUGUAGGACACACUUUUUCAAUUUAACAUCUUCAAAAUUGUGAUGUCUCCUGAAAUCGUCUUCUGCAGUGCAGUGUUUAAAGCUGUGGUACACUUCUUCAACUUGAUUAAGUUUUCAUAGGUGCAGUCCAUUCCUUAUAACUACUUAUGAAUUUGUUUGUGAUGACAUAUAAAGCCAGCUUUUAAUACAACUGAACCAAAUCCCACUCAAUGCAGACCUAACUGACUAUCAGCUCAGACCCUUUGAAUCUUCAAGUUACAAAAGCUCUUCAGGGUCCCAUUUACACUUCUACUAACAACAGUGAUUCGGGCAAACCGAAAUUAGCUGAUGAAGUGCAGAAGCUUCUCAAGGCUUUAAGAAUCUUCAGUGUUCCCAUACCUUUUGAAGGGAUUGUUUAAAGAGAUCAUCUCACUUUCAAAUACACUAACUGGAAAAAGAUUAUAUGAAAACAUCAUAGUUAGAGUUCAGAGCACUUUGUAUGCUUGAUGUCAGUUACAAGAGAAUGAAGUGAUGCAGCCAGCUGGUUUGUGGGAAAGACUUCCUCUUAGAUCACUCAACGUUCUCAUUUUUCCUUAUCCUUUAUGUUCUUUUGAUGUUUUCUUUGGCUCAAGUAACUUUCCUCUCCAACUCAUGUGAUGACUGUUAUAAAACUGCAUAGUUAAACUCUAGUACUUAUGUGAAAUAAUUGUUCAACUCUCUGGGCAGCUUUUGAUCAAUCUGUGAGAGUGAUAACACUACCCUAUGUCUACCUGAAGCUCCUUCCUGCCUAGGAUGUAUCCCGUAAGCUAGUGCUUUCAACCAGGUGUAUUUCUUCAAACACCCAUUUCUGUACAACUGUCUAACACAUCAGCAUGAAAGAAAAAAGCACUGCAAUCAUCAAGAAUGGAAAUCAUGUGGUUUGUGUAAAGAACUUUUACUGACUUUAGACAUACAAAUGUGAUUCUGAAAACAUGUCAACACAAUGACAAGUAUGGUACAUAGAUUUUUAUUGAAAUAUUGAAUAAAAUUAUUUUAAUUCUAAAUCAUAAGUAUAAAUUUGCACAUAUUAAUAUACAAAUUAAUUUCUGUGUAUAUUUAACAUACCUUUAGAGCUAUUUUACAUGUACUAGCUACUUUAUUAGGUUUAUAAAUCUCUGCAAAAACAAUUAGACAUGUUUCUAAAUUAACAAUAACAUAAUCUUUGUUUCACUUAACAAAUUCUGCCUUUGUAAAAAGAAAUUUAAUAUAGAAUGUAUUUUUAAAACAAAAUAUUUGACUAUAAAAUAGCUCAAAGAAAAAUUCUUCAUGAACACAUUUUGUGUUGUCUCUGGCUUUGAAUCAUAUGAAAAGUGAAAUUGCCUUAAAUAAUACAGAUUGAUAAAUAUGACAAUUUCACAUACUAUACUAUGAACCUCUUUGCAUAACCGGUUGACUACUAACUUCUCUUUUAUGUAUUUAUUAAAAGCUGACACUGUAGAUUGUUGUGAAAUGUUUAUUUUUCUAACAGAGCUUAUAACAGUUUGUGACAAGGCAUUUAAUUGAUAUACCAGUCUGUUUUAAUAUGGGUGUUAAUCUAUAUAAAAUUUUAUGUUUUAAAAUAAAACUUUAGAGAUCUAAUAAAAACAUA